AAAUAAACCCUAAGAAGAAGAGAAAUAUCUGAUUCGGAGAAGUUGAGCGAGAUCGAGAUGGGGAAUGAGACGAAGAGCAACGGAGCUUCAAGCUUAGGAGGAGGAGGAGGAGGGUUUAGGGCAAAGAUGGAGCAUUAUGUCUACAGUGGUGAAAAGAAGCACGUUUUGGCAGGGAUCGGAAUAUUCACCGUCAUCUUCGGCAUCCCCUGGUAUCUUAUGAAUCGAGGAUCAAACAAGCAUCGGUCUCACCAAGAUUACAUGGAAAAGGCUGAUAAAGCUCGAAAAGCUCGUCUCUCUUCAUCUCCAUCUUCAUCUUCAUCUUCUGACAAGUAGAGAUUCUAGUCAGAUACAUGCCGGUGAAAUGAUCCAUUAAUUGUUUUCCAUGUCCAUUACAAACAUAACUCAGUAAUGUCUGAGCCAGUGUGGUUUUAUUUAGUUCAGAUACCGUAUCAUUUCAAUGUACCAAAGUUUCUGUAUCGAAUAAAUCAAAGUUUUUCUGAAAACAUACAGUGAGAAUGGUUCCAAG